AUGGUUAAUCUCCGAUUGCUAUUCACCUGUUCAUUCCUAGCAACUUUCAUUUUCACGGCGGUUUCCGGCUACUCUACGGCGGAGAUAAAAACUUGGUGCAGCCAAACUCCCUAUCCCCAGAUAUGCGAAUACUACAUGUCUCAGAGCCCCAGUAACGGCGCCGCUCCGAUCAAGGAUAAAUCGGAUUUCUUAAAAGUCGCCGUGAAUUUGGCGUUGGAACAUGCCAAACGCGCUAUGGAUAGCGCGUACACUUUAGGCCCGAAAUGCCGAAACCAGCGCGAAAAGGCUGCAUGGGAGGAUUGUUUGGCGCUGUACGAGGUUACGGUCGGGAAAAUAACCGCCACCGUUGAUCCCGCCGUCAAAAAUUCGGCGGCGGAUGCGCAGACGUGGCUCAGCGCCGCCCUGACCAACCUCGAGACAUGUCGGGACGGGUUUAUAGACGUGGGCGUCACGGACAACGUCAUGCCCAUGAUGUCAAACAACGUUUCCUAUUUGAUCAGCAACACUUUAGCAGUUAACAAAGGGUUAACUAGCACUAACAGUCAAACUACCAGCUACACUGGCGGUUUUCCUGAUUGGGUUAAGUCUGGUGACCGAAAACUCUUGCAGUCGUCGGCUGCUUCUAAGGCGGAUAUUGUGGUGGCCCAAGAUGGGUCCGGGGACUAUAAGACCGUGACGGAUGCCGUGAAUGCGGCCGGGAAGAGGACCGGGAGUGGGAGAUAUGUGAUAUAUGUGAAGGGUGGAGUGUAUGAGGAAAAUGUGAAUAUUGGUACCAGUUUGAAGAACAUCAUGUUGGUCGGCGACGGAAUUGGGAAAACAAUUAUCACCGGAAGCCUGAGUGUUGGCGGUGGAUCCACCACCUUCAAAUCCGCCACUGUUGCUGUGGUCGGAGAUGGGUUUAUUGGACAAGGCAUAACAUUCAGAAACACCGCCGGAGCAGCAAACCACCAGGCCGUGGCUCUCCGGUCCGGCUCCGAUCUCUCAGUAUUCUACCAAUGCGGCUUCGAGGGUUAUCAAGACACGCUCUAUGUCUACUCAGACAGGCAAUUCUACAGAGAAUGCGACAUCUACGGCACCGUCGACUUCAUCUUCGGUAACUCCGCCGCCGUCUUCCAAAACUGCAACAUUUAUGCCCGAAACCCACCAAACAAGGUCAACACAAUCACCGCCCAAGGCCGGACCGACCCGAAUCAGAACACCGGAAUAUCAAUCCACGACAGCAAAGUCACGGCCGCGUCCGACCUAGAGGGCUCCGUGAGCUCCGUCAAGACUUACUUGGGACGGCCGUGGAAGGAAUAUUCGCGCACGGUGUUCAUGAAGACGUUCUUGGAUAGUUUGAUUAAUCCGGCGGGUUGGUUGGCGUGGGAUGGGAGUUUUGCGCUAAAUACAUUAUACUACGGCGAGUAUUUGAACACCGGGGCAGGGGCGUCGACGGCUAAUAGGGUGACUUGGGGUGGUUAUCACGUGAUCACCAGUGAAACGGAGGCGUCCCAGUUCACCGUCGGCAGCUUCAUCGGCGGUGACUCUUGGUUACCCGCCACAAACGUGCCGUUUACUUCAGGCCUUUGA